AUGGAGCGUGUUACCAAUAAACUUUCUAAACCCGCUUCAAAUAUAUCUGAAAUGGUCUCCAAAUUUGCGAAGGCUUGCAAAUUGAGAUCUAUUGGUGUUUUCUCCAAUGACCACCGGUAUCAAAACAAGCUCAUUGGAAAUAAUGAUGGCACGUUGAUGGGUGAAGAUAGUAGUGAUGCUGCUGAGGAAACAGAAUUUGAUGAUGAGAAAAUCCAUCCACAACCUGUUGUAGUUCCAAGCGAAAGCAAAAUGUGCGGUGAUAAGGAUAUUGUGGAGUUGUUUAACACAAUUGUAGCUGCCGAUGAACUUGUUGUGGUUCAGCUUGAAGCACUUUGUAAGUUCAAGAAGGCAUUUAAGGAGAAGAAAUUCUUAAAAACCAAGCUUAACCCCUCACGUUUUGAUUGUCUACGAUCAGAAAUUGAUGUUAUUGAGAAGCUUUUAGAGAAAUUGAUGUCUCAAAAUAGAGAUAAAGAUGCUGAGAUUGUACGCCUGCAACAAGAACUCUACGAUUUGGAUUCAGGGAAUAUGGCAUUAGUUGAGAAGAUUAGAGAGAAAAGUUUGGAGAGAGAGACUUCGGGGAUUUUGAAUGUUUCCAUGUUUGAAGAUGCCUUCAAAAGAGCUUCGAAGUUGAUUCAUGACUUUGCGAGGACAAUAAUUAACUUGAUGCAAACUCCGGUUUGGGAUUUAAACCCGGCAGCAAAGUCCAUUGAAAAUGGGGUUGUUUAUGCUAAAAGGUCAGGCAAGAAGUACGCCUUCGAAGCCUAUAUUGCACGCAGAAUGUUUCAUGGGCUAUCACUUAAGUCCUAUAACGUGGAUGACGUUUUGCGGAUUGAUGAUCCUAAAAUCCAAAUUCAGAACUUUCCAAUUUCUGCAGAAAAAAAGUACAUGUUUAUUGUUCAUCCCAUGAUGGAGAUGUCAUUCUUUCGGAAUCUAGACCAGAGGAUGUUCGUAUUGAGUGGCAAGCAUCCGAGGACUCCUUUCUAUCAAAUAUUCGCAAGACUGGCAAAGUGGGUUUGGAUUCUUCAAGGGAUUGCGACCUCAAUUGAUCCCAUUUCACAAAUAUUUUCUGUGAACAGGGGAAGCAAAUUCUCAGAUGUUUACACGUAUUCUGAUGAAGAGAACAAGGAAGUUGUAGUCGUGUUCGAUGGAGGACAAUCUAACUUCAAAGUUGAGUUUACGGUCAUGCCUGGGUUCAGAAUUGGAAGCGCAUUGCUGAAGUCUCGGGUUUAUCUUUCUGAAAUGAAACAUUCCACGGGAACGUGA